AAAAAUACAAGGAAAAGCUUUCCCUCUCCCAACAUGGCGGCCUCAGCAAAAAAGAAGAAUAAGAAGGGGAAGACUAUCUCCCUAACAGACUUUCUGGCUGAGGAUGGCGGUACUGGUGGAGGAAGCACCUAUGUUUCCAAACCAGUCAGCUGGGCUGAUGAAACGGAUGACCUGGAAGGAGAUGUUUCGACAACUUGGCACAGUAACGAUGACGAUGUGUAUAGGGCGCCUCCAAUUGACCGUUCCAUCCUUCCCACUGCUCCAUGGGCUGCUCGGGAACCCAAUAUCGACCGGAGCCGUCUUCCCAAAUCGCCACCCUACACUGCUUUUCUAGGAAACCUACCCUAUGAUGUUACAGAAGAGUCAAUUAAGGAAUUCUUUCGAGGAUUAAAUAUCAGUGCAGUGCGUUUACCACGUGAACCCAGCAAUCCAGAGAGGUUGAAAGGUUUUGGUUAUGCUGAAUUUGAGGACCUGGAUUCCCUGCUCAGUGCCCUGAGUCUCAAUGAAGAGUCUCUAGGUAACAGGAGAAUUCGAGUGGACGUUGAUCAAGCACAGGAUAAAGACAGGGAUGAUCGUUCUUUUGGCCGUGAUAGAAAUCGGGAUUCUGACAAAACAGAUACAGACUGGAGGGCUCGUCCUGCUACAGACACCUUUGAUGACUACCCACCUAGAAGAGGUGAUGAUAGCUUUGGAGACAAGUAUCGAGAUCGUUAUGAUUCAGACCGGUAUCGGGAUGGGUAUCGGGAUGGCCCACGCCGGCAUAUGGAUCGAUAUGGUGGCCGGGAUCGCUAUGAUGACCGAGGCAGCAGAGACUAUGAUAGAGGCUAUGAUUCCCGGAUAGGCAGUGGCAGAAGAGCAUCUGGCAGUGGGUAUCGCAGGGAUGAUGACUACAGAGGAGGCGGGGACCGCUAUGAAGACCGAUAUGACAGACGGGAUGAUCGGUCUUGGAGCUCCAGAGAUGAUUACUCUCAGGAUGAUUAUAGGCGUGAUGAUAGAGGUCCCCCCCAAAGACCCAAACUGAAUCUAAAGCCUCAGAGUACUCCUAAGGAAGAUGAUUCCUCUGCUAGUACCUCCCAGUCCACUCGAGUUGGUUCUUUCUUUGGAGGGGCAAAGCCUGUUGACACAGCUGCUAGAGAAAGAGAAGUAGAAGAACGGCUACAGAAGGAACAAGAGAAGUUGCAGCGUCAGCUGGAUGGGCCAAAACUAGAACGACGGCCUCGGGAGAGACACCCAAGCUGGCGAAGUGAAGAAACUCAGGAACGGGAACGGUCGAGGACAGGAAGUGGGUAA